AUGAACACUAUACUUAACCUCCAUAGAAUUGCUGGUACAGAUACAUAUCAGGUGGGGUGGCAUACUUUCACAACAGAAUUAAUUCCUGCAGGCUCCAGAGCAACAACUCCUGGAAUAUAUUUGGACAUCAAGGCUGAACAUCUAGCAAGCAGUUACAUCCAAAGUCUAUCUUAUGACGGCAGUAGCAAUAGGCCCCAACAGCACUAUUUCGUUCAGGAAUCCAGCAUACAACAGCAGUUCUAUAAUAUUCGGCAGGCCCUUGUUGAUCUCUUCGCAGCCAAACUGAACCCCGCAGCAACCUCAGUGAACCCCAUCUUUGCCUGCACUGACAUUAUGAAUUGGCGGAAAAGGAAAUGUAUAUUAAAUUCUUCGGUCGAGAUAAGAGACGCCAUAUCUUCAGAGAGUACAUCGGAAGACUUGGACUUGCUGGGAAGAUGUUGCAUUGAUUUUGGGCCCCAGAACACUCCUAAAACGCGUGGUUCUGGAAAAUUUAUCCAUGAUGGCCUAAGGGUAUAUGGACGAAAUCUCGUGAUGCCACAUCUAGAUCGCAGGAAUGUGCGAACUCAAUGGCAUUGGUACGUGGCCACACCUGUCUAUAAUGGCAGGUUUGAUAUGAACUGUAAUUCAGUGAGGGUAGAGUCCAUCCAUGGCGGUUGCUGCACGACUAGUAGAGAUGAUGACGAAACAAUUCCUGUAGCUACGACGCAUCUCAGUCUUAUGAUGAGCCAAUCGAUGCGAAGUCUGGACAUGGUCCCCAAAAAGCGCUCAAUUGUCUCAUAUGGUGCGCCUGGAAUCUCCCCGCUCGUUAAGCACAUAGGUUGGAUAACAAAUUGGAGGGGUUCGAGGCAUUCUUUAUGGAGAGAAGAGCAAUCGUCUAACCAGGAUAACGCAAGCGCGGCAACGAACAUACUCCCAGCGUUAGGGAGUAAUGGCGUGGGUGCUGGCUUGAUCCCUCAACUAAGCCCGCGUCCUGAUGUAGAUUUCGCUAAUCAAAGAAGAACUCUUCAAACUGAUAUUCAAACCUUAGGUGAACAAGCAAUUCUUGAGCCUCCAAUGGCAGUGCAGGUGCCAAUCGUGGUUAUCGUACGUAGUGGAAUGAGACCGGCCAGGGCUGUUUGUAUAAUUUCAAGAUGUCAGAAUUUGCCAGCCAACAUUCGUGAAUUCGCAAGCGAGGCCCUGAUUAGCAGUAUAUCCAAAACUAGGGUGUGGCGGGAAGAGGGAAUGCAGACGCUGGGAAUCACUCAUCAGGCUGCUACAUGCAUCGGUUGGUGGUUAUGCAAAGUCCUGGAACUAACACGUGACACAGCGGUUGGUAUUAUGUUUUUCAACCAUAGAAGGGUCUUGGGGGUUGGUAGAAACGAAACUCACGUGACUCCAAGCCCUUCCACUGACGCUCGCUCCCAGCCCCAGCCACCCAACAACCCCAACCACUCAAACCACGCCAACCUCCCCACCAAACCCAACCCCACGCAUUCAACAUGCAGCUACAAAAGUACUCUUCGCUCGCUGCACACCAUAUUCCCACUUCUCAUACUACCUACAUAUUAUUACUCCAGUCGCAAUCCAUACCACACUCCCAAGCUCCUGAUUUUACAUCAUCCGAGCUUGAGCUUGAGCUUAGACGUUUGCUUUGUUGGCACGCUUCGUUUCAUCAACACGAAUUCAAUCGCAGCAGAAGAUCGCUUUGAAUAUCUAGCCGUUGAGCUUGGAAACGAAAAUUUAAAAGGGUAUGAUUCACAAAACCUUAGCCUUGUGCUUCGCUUUUCAGCACCUAACUCGAAGCUCCGACUCCCACCACCACCGCGAUCUCCAUCUCACGAAACCAGCCUAGCUCUUUCGUGUCAUCCACACAAACAUCAGCCUCCCCACCUAUCCACCAAAAUGAAGCGCAACAUCGUCAUCUUCCUGAUCGUCCUCAUCCUUUUCAUCCUCAUCGCCCUCAUCGCCUACGUAAUCUAUUACCUGCAAACCCGAAUGGCAGUCGGUGGUACCGCAUCCAAACAUACCCACGCUGUAUAUAUGGAUAUGGAUAUGAAAAAAGGAUCCUUCACUAGGAUGGGACUGGGAUUGGGGUUGGGAUUCGCAUGGCAUAGCGGUUCGGCUCUGCGCACUGGUUGGAUACCCGAAACGCAUAUCCGCGUUCGCGUUCAGAUUCACCUUCUUACAGAAUACACAUAUAGCUCAGCUCCGUUUUACAUCUCGAAUAUCAAAGCUUCUGCUCGGCUUCCCGUGAUCCAAUUCUUCAUAUUCUCCCUUGAUUCUCAUUUUCUGUCCUAUUACAAGGAGGCUAGGCUGAGUAGUGGUAGAUGGUCAGAUGGGUGUUCUUCCAUUGAGGAGAAGCCCGACGUGAAGAAAAGGGAAAUCAAUGCUCCUCACCAUAUAUAUAUAAAAGGCUCUGAUUCACUCCCUCAAAACACAUUACCGAGCGUACGGACUAUCACGCACAGCCAAGACAGUACUCAAAUUACGCCCCGCAAAUUUCCUCUAGAAUACAUGGCCAGGCCAUCCGCUUUUGAAAUUGACCCUAUUGCGUAUGCGCCAAUUCCACUGGAUGAGAUGAAACAAUCCGAAACAGAGCAACCAAAAGAGUUGGCUAGAAGAUGGGACCGAGGCGAGGUUGAUUCCUAA